UGUGACUUUAAUUCAUGAAUUAAUCUUUAGUCUAAACAGGCCAAGUCCUAGUCUCCAGGGCAUUUCUCCUCCAAGGGGUAUGUGUCUGAGAUUAAGUUUGUGGUCUUCGCAGCAGACAGACACUAGGGGUCAUGGUUCUCUCCUCUCACCAUUGCCAUGAUCACUCUGGGACUGCAGUGGCCACAGCAAGCUGUCACCUUUCCAGCCAUACCCCUUUCUAGCCUGUUUGCCAAUGCUGUGCUGAGGGCUCAGCACCUUCACCUCCUGGCUGCCGAGACAUACAAGGAGUUUGAACGCACCUAUAUUCCAGAGGACCAAAGACACACAAACAAGAAUUCCCAGGUAGCAUUUUGUUACUCGGAAACCUUCCCUGCUCCCAUGAAGAAGGAUGAUGUUCAGCAGAAAUCAGACACAGGUCUGGGUGGUGCUCUUCAGCCUGAAAACUUUGUGUCUGCUGAAGCUGUAGGAGUGGUGGCACAUUUCCAAGACAUUGAGCUUCUUCAGUUUUCCCUGGUUCUCAUCCAGUCCUGGCUGACCCUGGUGCAGUACCUAAGCAAGAUGUUCACGAACAAUCUGGUUUUUGGCACCUCAGACAGAGUGUAUGAAAAACUAAAGGACCUGGAAGAAGGGAUCCAAGCUCUGAUGAGGCUGGUGACCACAGCAAGGCAGGAGGAGAGUGCAGCUCUCAGCUCCAGAUGUACAUGGCUUGGGUCUGGGUUAGAGCUUUGUUUUCUGGCAAAGUGGGAGAAAAGAGAGAAUUAUUUGCCCGGUUCCAUCUCCUUGACUGGAAGAGGAUCUGCAGGACCGAAGCUUCUGGGGUCCCCAGAUCCUCAAAGCUACUUACGAGAAAUUUGACAUCCACCUGCGCAGUGAGGACGCACUACUGCAGAACUAUGGCUUGCUCUCCUGCUUCAAGAAGGACCUGCACAAAGUGGAGACUUACCUGAAA